UUAUAAGAUUGGUCUCGUUCGAAUGUAUCAUUUCCCGGUUCCUAUAUUGAAAAUAUAUAAAUAUUUUGUAUUGGACAUACUUCAAUAAUUGUUCAAAAUAAACAAACACCUGUGGAAUUGUGUUAAAAAUUAAAUUGAUAAUAUUCGGAUAAAUACUUAAAAGAUAAAUUUUUUGGAAUAAUUGUAGAUUUAUCAUGCAAAUACAGAAAAAAGUAUUUAAUAAUGAUGUAAUAAAUGUUUUUAGUACAAUGCAAAUUAUUGAACUUGAAAGUGUUUUGGCAUAAAAGCUUUUCAUCUUGUGGCGAAAACAGACAAAAAAUGGACGACAGACAGCAAAAAUUUAUAUGAUGUGAAGGAAACAACACUUAUACAUACAUAUACAAGAAAUUUGUUUACAAACAAAUUCAUUGUUUAUACGCAAUAUUUUAAAUAAAAACAACAAUAAUAAUUUAGAAUGAUCGAUAACUAAAAAAAGAAUAACGCGAGAGAAGAAAACGAAAGCGGAUGAGAGUGAGAGAGCUUAGAGAAAAGUAUCACUAACUACGUGUAUAUUAAUGUGUUUAACGCGACAAAUAAAAUAUCCAAUAAACAUAUAUAUUUUUAUUUUUAAAAUAAAAAACUUCAAAAAUAAAAUCUAGACUAAAAAUAUGGCUAAAAAAUGUAACGUGCGAUCAUUGAGUGAUAGUUCUUUAGGAGAGUUGGCUAAUCUGAUUGUAUCGACGCUGGGAUAUGCAAAGUAUGCUCCGGACGUUGAUCUCGAUAUUAACAUUGUUAUGGUUGAAAUAAACCAAUAUUUAGAAAUGGCUGGUGCGACGUCAAACAUCUAUCAGGAUUUAUUGCGAGUAAUUCUGAGUUCCGACUACUUGGAUGCAAGUAUGCGUUUUACCUGUUUGCAGAUGUUAUUAAAUUGUGGGGUUUCCUUUCUGGUGACCGAGGUUUUUCCAUUUUCAUAUUAUGAAAAAAUACUACAGGUGAUUGCAGCGCAAGGAGCUGGGUUACGUGUUCUUAAUUUGAAAGGAAUUUGGGUUAAGGAUGAACACAUGCACUACAUGUUCGAAAUUGUCAAGAAAUGUCAAUAUCUUACAAAGCUUUUUGUUCCCUAUAUAGCUAACGAUGAUCUUCUGCAAGUGAUUGGAAAAAAUUGCAAACGAUUGCAAGUACUAGACAUAUCUGGUGAGACGGAUAUUACCGAAAUUGGAAUAGAAUAUCUUAGCAAGGGGUUAUGUGCGCAACGUUUAACUGUCAUUGACGUCGGUAUGCCAGGAGAGGAAAAUAUUUGUUACUCUGAUAUUGCACUUAUUUUAGAAAAUUGUCCCAAUGUUGAAACUCUGUCAACGUAUUCGUUCGUUGGACCUGCACUGAAAUUUGUUCAUGAUAAUGUUGAUAAGAACUUUACUUGCAAAUUAAAAUAUCUCCAUGAUACAGCUUCAGACGAAGAAGCUGUAAAAAUAAUAGUAAAGACGUGUCCAAAUCUGGAAUCAAUUUACUUGGAUACUCCAAAGGUUGGGUGUUUGCGUGCACUCGCUAAUACCCAAUUGCGAAAACUUAAAAUAUAUAAAUUUUCUUCAAAUGAAUUGGUGAAAUUACUCGAAAAUAUCGGCCGAAAUUUAGUCCAUCUUACAAUGAUUAAAAGCAAUGGUGACUUGGACUUGAAUGUUUUGGCUCGAAUGUGUCCUGGUCUAAUUGAUUUAGAUUGCUAUAUGAUGGAUGGCUUAAUUUAUGCCAAUUCUAAUCACUGUCGUUUUACUUGCUUAGAGGGUCUUGAAAUGUUAAGCAGUCCUAUGACCAAUAUGGCUUUAAAGGCGCUAAUAUGCAAUAAUACACAACUAAAACGAUUGGCUGUCGAUAGUGUUUCAUUCAACGAUGAAGAUAUAGUAAGCAUUUUUAUUGAACAUGACUUUAAUGCACUAGAAGAUGUUUGGUUUACCUUAGCGCCAAAUUUAACUGUUCAAUCUAUUGAGAUAUUAAUGGAAAGAUGUCCUGAAUUGCAGUCUGUUGGUCAACUUAGCGGCUGGUCCCUAACACCGGAUGAUCUCGCUCUAAUACGAGGACUUUUGAAAAGCGGAAAUUCUAGUCUUGUACUUACACCAAAUGGUUUUUUUCCUUAAUAUCAAUAUCUAUAGAUUUUUAUUCUAUUCUUCCUAGGCUACUACUAUUACUCACGAUCACUAAUCUAAUCUUUUUAUCUACUAAACAAUUCAAAUUGAAUUCUAGUGUGGGACCAAAAAUCAAACAAUUAUUUUUUUAUUUCACUUUCAGCGUCUUCAAUGAUUUAGAAAAUGUCUACUGUACAUAGAUUUCUGCUAUUACAUACACAUUAUUGUGUUUAUGUAUGAAUGGAUGUUAUUAGCGGAAAUACGUCCGAUAAAAGUCAACAAACGAUUUUAUUAUUAAGAUAAAAUUAUUCAUACUUAUUGUGCUACAAUUGCACACAUUUUUAAUUUUAAAUAUUCAUUAUUUCUUGUGAUUUGUAAUUAUGAUUAUUUUUAAUUUAAAAUAUUCGUUAUUUCUUGUGAUUUGUAAUUAUGAUUAUGAAAUAUAUAGUACCUACAUAUGUAUUUAAAUACAUAUACAUAUGAGCAAA